CCUGCCGGGCUUCCUUCAGAGAAUAUCCAACCUAGCGAUUCAGUAGUAUGGUACAAGCUUUUAUCCAUGGCGGUGACAGUCAUCAGAUGUGCUGCCCUGACAGUCUGUGAACUGGGAAUGUACCAGAAAUUAAAAUGUCCAUUUGAGUCAUUUAGGUAAGUGGCAGCCCCUGCAAAUGAUAGCAGUCACUGACGUGGAAUUUAGUUUAUAUUUGUGAUGUUCUUGAUGUGUGAACUGAAUCUAGUUUCACUGACAUCUACUGGUUCCCUGUUAGAUGACAUUCCUGUAGUGACAAAAACUUCCUAGGGAAUUCCAGUGCCAAACAACCCCCAUGCCUCCAUAUGACCUCCGCAUUUUUCACUAAGUUACAAGCCUUUCUGUGAGAUCAUGGAAGUCAAUCCUAUCAUGUCUAGAGAUCCAGUCGGUUAGUCACUAGAUAAUCCACAGAGGUGAAGAUUCCAGGUCCAGAGAGUACAAAUCCAGACCAAGAUUUUGUUUCAACCAAACAGUUGAGUAUAAUGUUGGUCUGGAUUUGUAUUUUCUGGAUCUGAAAUCUCCACCUAUGGAAAUAUAUUGCAGAAUCAACAAGGCAGAGCAGGCAGCUGAGAGCUAUGUAUGCCAAUCUGCAACCUUUACGCUCCCUAAAUCCCAUGCGACAAACCAGGUGGAAAUUGGAGGAUGGCUGCCGUGACAUCAUUCCUUAAUGACACUUAUGCCAAAGUUUAAAUUAUCCACAGCUUAAGUAUAUUUUAUAAAUACCCAGUACUGUACUUCAUCCACCCAUUUCCUAUGACUGAUUUUUCAGUAUGCGAUAGUCUUUUUUGAAAUUGAGAGCUACUUCUUGAGAUUGAAUGUGGCAAUCCUACUAGUGCUGAGCCCCUCCCCCUACGGUUCUAAUCCAAGGGUGCCCUAUUCUGCAUAUCAGUUAUUUUUAAACUUGGGGCCUUUCUGUUAAUCUGACCAUUCCUCUCUGACCUCUCACAUUAACAAGGUGUAUUCAGUUCUAUAAAUGGCAUUAACUGGAUGCCAGUCUUUGGAAACUAUAUGUAGUGCUUUGAAAAAAUAGACAAAAAAUAUUCUUAGAUGAGUGCUUUCAGUUUAUCAACCCAAGCGUCUUUUUAAAAUUGGGUAAUGUGCAUCACGACACAAUAAUGUUUACAUUGGUUUCUAUGGUAAUAUAGCUUGCAUCGUUACUCCGGCAACAUACUUAUAAUUAUAUCCUGGGUCAAACAUUCGCCAAUCACAGGCUUUCAAAGUAAUCACAUCGUUUAAAUUAGCCAAUCAUAAACGACGGGGCGUGUACGUGCCGGAAGAACGGCUUCUUGGAGACCGAGUCCUUAGGGAGCAUGUGAAAAUAAGCCCGUUGUUCAAUAAAAUAUCAGAAUUUGGCUAUUUGGCUUGUGGUUUUCUCAUGAUUUCUUAAUAUAAGAUGACAGCAAUGUCCAGAGACCCUUGACUUGGUCGUCUUCCCCUCUCCCCCAAAGAAAAAAGCAAUGAAGAGCCCUAACGCGUCACCCCCCCUGCAUGUGCACGUGAUGGAGAGCACCCCCGUGCACGUCCAUGUGAAGAAAAGCCAGAAGAGCAGGCCUAAGAAGGCGGGCCAGCUGAAACCCAAGGCGGAGACGUUAAGCUUGCGACCGACCGCCCGGGUGAAGGCACAGGCCCCGUGGAUUCCCCCUGGAAAGGCCGCUGUUCGGGACGUCUCAUACAAGUGGGAGGGGCCCACUCACCGGCUGGAGAUCACACCCUUCCCACAGCCAAACCCCUCACCUGGGCCACUGCGGCCAGAGGACUUGUCCACCGAUGAAGAAGAGGUACUACAUGGACGCAUCAGCCAGUACGAGAGGAAGAUUGACAGCCUGAUGUCGGAGGUCAGCUCGCUGAAGAAUGAGGUAGAGCUGCGGAAGAAGGAGCAGCUCCUAGAGCGCCAGUCGGAACAUCUGUGUGCCUCACAGCGAGUCAUUGAGGAGCAGGAGGAGGUGCUGGCUGAGGCGGCCAAGGAGCUGGAGGUCACAGAACUGGAGAACUCCCGCCUCCGGCAUUCCAUGGAGAAGAUGCAGGAGGAGGGCGACUGCACUAGGUUGGAGAAGGAGGCUCUAAGGCAGGAGAAGGAUGCUCUGCUGAGGAAGCUGGUGGAGGCAGAGAUGGAGGGCGCUGCCGCCUCCCGCCAGGUGGCAGCCAUGAGGGAGACAGUGGGCCGCAUGCGUAGCGAGAAGAGGAUGUCUAGUUCAGAGGCUUCCUUGCUGACAAGGCAGAAGGAGCUUCUCCUGCAGAAGCUGGAGACGUUCGAGAGCACCAACCGAACCCUGCGCAAUCUGCUGAGGGAGCAGCGUGGCCGUGAGAUGGAUGUGAUGAGGCUGGCGGAGCAGAAGGAUGCACUGCUGGAGAGGCUGACGGACGUAGAGGCUCAGAAUGCGCGUCUUCUGGUGAGACUGCAGGAGAAGGAGAGCAAGGUUGAUCAGCUCGCCGUCCUCCUGGAGUCGGAGAAGGACAACACGAAGACGACGGGCGAGCUCUCCAAAGUUCUGGAGUCCACGCGGGCUCACCUGCAGGGACAGCUGCGCAACAAAGAGGCUGAGAACAACCGGCUGGCCGUUCAGAUCCGGAAUCUGGAGAGGGCAGCAGAGCAUCAGCGCGCGAUGGCGGAAAACGCGGAGGAGCAGCUCGGGGAGCUGAGACAGAAGGCCGAGGCUGACAAGGAGGCCCUGAAGAGGGCAACGCGGGUGCAGAAGCAGCGGGCGGAGCGCAGUGAGGAUGCGGCAGGCCAGCUGAGCGCCCAGCUGCUGCAGAAGGAGGCCCAGCUGGCUGAGACCAUUUCAGCAGCGGAGGAUUGGAGCAGCCGCCAUGCUCAGUUGGUGAAGGAGAAGAGCCACCUGGAGGUGGAGAUCGCCGUUCUGAACAGCCGUGUGUCAGAGCUGACAGAGCAACUGCGUGGUGCUGAGGACAAGACUCGGGCUGACAGAGAGGCUCUGCUGGACCGGCUGCACAAGCUCACCUCUGGCUACACCUCCACCCAGCUGGAGAAUCAGAGCCUCAAGGCCACGCUUGCGACGCUGGAGGAGAAGCUGACUAUGUCUCAGUCGGAGGUCCAGCAGGUGAAGGCCUCCCUGAAGCAGUACGAGAGCCUGGUGGAGAGUUACAAGACCCAGAUGCAGAAGACCCGCGCCGAGGCGGAGGAGUACAGCGUAAAGCUGGGCCUGGCCGAGGAGCAGGCGGAGGACCUGCGGCAGCAGCUGGAGCGGGAGGCGGCCGCGGCGAGGGGGCGGCUGCAGGGCCGGCUGGCCGAGCUGGAGCCGCUACCCGAAGCGGUGAGGAGGGCAGAGCUGCAGCUGCAGGAGGUGCAGGAGCGUGAGCGGCUGCAGGAGAGGAGGAGCGCGGAGCUGAGCGGGGCGCUGGCCGAGAUGCGGCUAAAGGCGGAGCAGCAGGGUGUCCAGGUGCAGGCGGCCCGGGAGAAGAACCUGCUGCUGCUGGAAGAGAACAAGCAGAUGCAGAAUAGGGUGGAGGACCUGGACAGGAAGCUGGAUGAAGUCAGCGGGCAGAAUCGCGACCUGUUGCAGGUGAUCGCCAAGCGGGAGGAGACCAUCCACAACAACCAGCUGAGGCUGGAGGAGAAGUCACGGGAGUGCAGCCUGCUGGCCCGGCAGCUGGAGGAGGCCCUGGAGGACGCGAGGCGCCAGGUCGGCCACAGCCGUGAGCGUGCUGCCUCCAAGGAGCGCUCCACCCAGGCCAAGCUGCUGGAGCUGGAGACCCAGCUGAGCCGCACCAAGACCGAGCUGGAGCAGCUGCGGCGAGCCAAAGAGGAUGCAGAACGCCGCUUCCAGAGCCGGCUACAGGAUGUACGGGACCGUCUGGAGCAGUCAGACAGCACCAAUCGCAGCCUGCAGAACUAUGUGCAGUUCCUCAAGACCUCCUAUGCCAGCGUUUUUGGGGACUCUGCAUUCACUGGCUCUGUUGCCCGUGGGCCCUCCCCUCUCUGAGUGGCCCGGUCCUGAUGAUGACCCAUUUCCUGUCCUUCUGUCAUCCUCCAGAUUUUAAGUUCUUGAAAUGGAGCUUAAUGACAGCCACGUCUCACUGAACACUAACACAAAGUCUUCAGUCUUCACUGAACCACAAAAUCGGGUCCCUAGUUCCACCUUUUAUUUUGCGGUUUUCACAGUAUCUAUAUUUCUUCAUUUGACUUUCUGUCAUUAUAUCGUAAUUCGUUAUUUCAGUGUUCACGUUUCAUCUUGUCCUUGUUUACUUCUCAGUACGAUUUUGAAAAGACAUUUAAAUGAUUCAGUAAGGACAGUGAUGUUGCAGUAAACAUACAGGGUAUUGCAUUGUCACAAGGUCUACAUCUCAGGCCAUUCUCGUAAAGACCGUGCUUUGGUGCUUGAUAUCCAGGCGUGCUGCGAAACAACAUGAAUUUGCAGGGAACUUCCUGGCUAGACUGUACUGCAGUAAUGUUCCAUGACAAAGGAGUCUCUUUGGAACUACCUGCCUAACUACCGUACUGUCUUGAAAUUGUUUGACAUUGGUGGUUUUUAUCUUUUACAUUGGCUGCAGAUGUUCAGGAUGGCUUGUGAUCUAUACCACUGACCUUGAAUGUAGUCCUGAAAAACUGUACAUGAUGAUCUAUUUGUUCAUUUUACAAAGUGUCUGUACCGUCGGACCAAACAACUGUUGACGAAAUUCUCCUGUAUAACUUUAACGUAAUUUAAGUUUUCUGUUGUGUCUAAAUAUUUUAUAUGAAUUGCAUUUUUAUCGAAAUGCUGAGGACUGUAUUUUGUUGUUCUUGUUUUCCAAAAUGAUCUAUACUAA